GAUAAAUAUAAAUAUAAAUAUAAAUAUAUAAAUAAAUCAUCCCCUCUCCUCGCCCUUUCCCCAAUUCCCAUUCACGAAGCAACCUCUCCAUCGCCCCCUCCUCGAUCCGAUCGAUCCAAGCCCCCGAUCGAUCUAAUUCCCUGUGAUUCGAGAGAAAAGAGCGAUCCAUGGCGAAGAGCUCGUUCAAGUUGGAGCAUCCCCUCGAGAGGCGACAGGCGGAGGCUGCUCGCAUCAGAGAGAAGUAUCCCGAUAGAAUCCCAGUGAUUGUAGAGAAGGCUGAGAGAAGUGAUAUUCCAGAUAUCGACAAGAAAAAGUACUUAGUUCCUGCUGAUCUCACAGUGGGGCAGUUUGUUUACGUUGUCCGGAAGAGGAUUAAGCUCAGCGCCGAGAAGGCCAUCUUCAUUUUUGUCAAGAACACUCUUCCACCCACAGCGGCGAUAAUGUCUGCGAUUUACGAAGAGCACAAAGAUGAAGAUGGUUUUCUCUAUAUGACUUACAGUGGGGAGAACACAUUUGGAUCCAUUUAAAAUCCAAAUUGGGAGGACUAUUUAACUAUCUUUGUAAAUACUAUGAUCUACAAAUAAUAAGUGUAUAGAUUCACACCAGCCUCUAGUUUAUGCGCUCUUCAUUAAGGUCUUAAAAGUUCUAAGAGUCUGUGAAUUUGGGGAUAUUUGAAUGUGAUUUAAUGGUCAAAAACAUGUUAUUUCCAUUACCUGA